AUGCCUCGACUACAGUCUCUCGUUUCACUGCUCUUACUCUCACGCUCCUUCUUCCCAACAGUUUCAGCGCAAGAAACGGAGGAAAUUGUGACAUGCGCAACUUCGACGCCCAAUCCCUUCUCUAACCCUUCUUUUGAAAACGGUAUCUCUCCCUGGGGGUUUGCCUCUGGGACCACGGGCAGUGUCAUCUCAGGCGAUGCUGCAGACGGCUCAAUGUAUAUCGAGACAUCCGCCACCUCUACCUCGGUGACAGUGCUACUCUACCAACGAAGCAGCAGCUUUACCCAAAACGCCAAAUAUGCCGCCUCGUUCCAGUACCGCGUCAAGCCGGCUUCCUCGCGCGCCCCGAUGACCUGCUACAUCAAGGCGUACAUGGACUCGUUCACCACCAGCGGUCUGUUGGGGAGUGUAAGCCUGCCCGUGUCUUCGAGUAUUGUUGGCUGGGAUACGCUGUCGUUUGAGUAUACGCCUACCACCGCCGGGACGCACACGUUCGAGAUCUAUGGGUACUGUACUGGAACUACUGGAUACUCGGGGGCGGCGAUUGACCUUGAUAAUGUGCUGUUCGUUGGACCGCCGGUUACAGAGUGUUCCACGCAGACGGUUACGCAUACUCAGACUCCGACUCCGACGCCGAUUCUCACGACGACAGAGACCACCCCGGUUGGAUUGACUACUUCCUUGGAGGUCACUUCUGCAUCGUCCAUUUCGUCGGCAAUCGUUUCCUCUCAGACUUCAUCUGCGGUGACUCCUGUUGUCCCCAGCAGCAGUAGCACUUCCUCUCAGGUGACUCCGGAUGUGCCUUCGCCCAGCAUUGUUCCCUCAUCCAGCGUUGUUCCUUCAUCAAGCAUUGCUCCCUCGUCCGUCAUCGUUUCAUCGUCCACGAGCACCACAUCAUCACGCGCCCAAAUCCCGACCAGUCCUUCGUCUGCGCCCGGCAGCUCCUUGACCCGGCAUUCUUCUUCUCCUGUCUCUCAUUCCUCUACAGCAGCCGUCUCGCCUUCUUCAAGCAAGGCAGUGACUGCAUCUGGAUCUUCUACCAUCGUUUCUCCAGGGUCACCAUCUUCUUCUACCAUUUCUGUGCAUUCCCCUUCUACCCCUAUCGUGAGGACUUCUACAGCAACGCCACUUGCCUCUUCUAGCGGCAUCAUUUCUUCUUCUCAUAUCAUUCAGUCACCUUCUAGCACUGCAGCUGUCUCCACACUCUCUCAUACUUCAAGCUCAACAACAUCCCAAGCCCAAUCUCAGCCACCUGCUACUCCUGCGACAACACCACUACCGGUACCUGGGCCCGGAACUGAACCAAGCAUCACUGGCACAGCUACCGACGUCGACGCCGUGACCCUAACCCUAACCACAUCAACAAUCCUCAGCACCCGCACCGCAACAAUCACCGCCUGUCCAUCGAGUAUCCCCAACUGCCCGGCUUCAGCAGAGAGUACCUUCGUCACGACCGAGACGGUGGUGGUUUCGACGACAAUCUGCCCAGUCUCGGCCACUACCACUGCCACUGCCACUGCCACCAUGACCUCUCUUCCUGGUUCGCAUUCACAGCAACCACCUGCAGGUGCGCAGGACGAAAGCACCACCUCCACUGUCUUCAGCACCCGCACUGCAACCAUCACCGCGUGCCCCUCGAGCAUCCUGGACUGCCCCGCUUCGGCAAAGAGCACGUUCCUUACGACGGAGACGGUGCUCGUCUCGACGACUGUUUGCCUGGUUUCUGCGACUGCUACUUCCACUCCCGUUAUGAUUGCCCACGAGAGCAGCGGUGUUUCUUCGGUAACUGUCCUCCCAGUGCUGUCCGGAUCUAGCGAAGCUUCUGCCUCUUACUCUUACUCUUCGUCCUCGAUUGGAACAGGUAGUGGUGGACAUGAGCAUGGAAAUGGACGCCCUGGCGAGGCUGGAAACGUGGGCCAGGGAUCGGACUCAAGCCCUGGUGCCCCUACAGCUGGUGCCUCUAACCAGGACUCAAGCUCAGUUUCAGGCUCGGCCACUACUUCUGGAACUGGCUCUGGAUCUGAUGAAAGCUCCGUUGCGGGAGAUGUCAGUCUCACCAGCGGUUCUGGCUCUAUUCCUGUCUCAGGCGCUGCUUCUAGCUCUGCAUCUGCAUCUGCAUCUGAAUCAAACGAUACCAGUACCGAUGCCUCCGUCCCACCCCCGCCGUCUUCCAACCCCAAUCCCAAUCCCGCACCCGAGUCUGGAAACGGCAUAAUAACAGAAAGUGAAUACACCGCACAGGAUAAAGGCCCAGUCCCAUCCACUCACCCGGACGGGGGCGCCAAAGGCGGAGCUGGAGCUGGAGCCGGAUCUAGCUCGACCGGAUUCCAGAAAGUCUAUACUAGCAGCAGCAGCAGCAGCACUCCGGCACCGGCAGUUCCGUCCGCAUCCCAGACUCCCACUGCAGGUGCAGGUACAGGCGCAGACGCCGGCGCCACGGCGGCGUCAACGUCGACAACGUCCGCGUCCAGUGUACCGAGCGCUGUCUUCACCGGUGCUGCACCGCGCGUCAAGGGUGGGCAGGUCGCUGGCGUUGGCUCCCUUGCUAGCAGCUUGCUGGCGAUGCUUGUUAUGCUGGGCUAG